AUGGGAUGUCGGUCAGUAGCUACUCCUCUUCCACUUAAUUGCCGCUUAUAUCUCAAUGAUUCUCCGGCUUACUCUGAGCCUGAGGCCUAUCGUCGUCUUGUUGGGCGAUUGUUGUAUCUGAAUUUGACACGACCAGAUAUUACUUACGUUGUUCAACAGCUCAGUCAAUUUGUGGCUACGCCAUCGGAGUUUCAUUGGAACGCAGCUAUCCAUGUUCUCAAAUAUCUGAAAGGGUGCCCCUCGCUUGGCCUUUUUUAUCCGGCUGCUACUCCACUUACUCUUACUGCUUUCAGUGAUGCAGAUUGGGGAACGUGCCCAGAUACUCGCCGCUGUCUCACUGGCUAUUGCAUUCUCCUUGGAGAUUCUUUGAUCUCUUGGCGCUGCAAGAAACAGGCGACAGUCUCUGUUUCUUCCGCCGAAGCUGAAUACCGUGCUCUUAGCACGACUGUGCGGGAGAUGCUAUGGCUUUCUCGCCUUUGUUCUGAUUUUCAGGUUACACUACCGCUUCCGUUGCCGCUAUACUGUGAUAACCAGGCAGCGAUUCAUAUCACAAAGAACCAGGUCUUCCACGAGCGGACGAAGCACUUGGACAUUGAUUGUCACCUUGUGCGUGAUCAGUACAAAUCCGGCUUUCUUGUUCCUCUCCAUCUCCCUACUGAUCUCCAACCAGCUGAUCUCUUCACUAAGAGUCUUGGAGGACCUCGUUUCCGACGCUUGCUGUCCAAGCUUGGCCUGGUUGAUUUACACCAUGGCCAGCUUGAGGGGGGGUAA